GCAGAGGAAAGGUAGAUCUUUCAAACCGUCGACUUACUUCCUAGGUUAUUCAACGGAACACAAAAAAGAGGUCCUAAUUACUUUGACGGUAAUUUUUAUGUGAAGUUUGGAGAUUAAUUAGUUGAAAUGAUUUCUGUGAGCUUGCAGUGUUUUGGACUUUUACUUUUCGCUUCCGUCGCCCUCGCCACCCACCUGAACUAUGACAUUUCAACGUACACAACCACGAUGACUUCUCUUCUAUCAAACUACUCCAGCAAAGUCCGGCCCAUCGUAAACCAGGGCCAGUCGCUACAACUGCAACUCAGCUUGUGGAUCGCCGGAAUUAAUGACGUCAGUGACGUCGACUCGAAGAUGACCACCACGGGGUACUUGUAUGUUAGAUGGAAGGAUGAACUACUCAACUGGGAUUCGACGGCGACCGGGAUGUUUUGGAUGCAGUUUAAUCAGAAAGACAUAUGGGUUCCUGAUAUUGUUCUGAAGAAUGGGUUUACGGAUUUCAAAAUGAUGGGCGGUGAUUUUUACUACCUGUAUGUGUAUAACGAUGGUUGGGUGGCUUGGUAUCCUUACAAGGUGUUUGAAACAUCCUGCGAAUUGGACGUGACGUACUACCCUUUUGAUCGUCAGACCUGUAACAUUAUUGUAAAGUCCUGGAGCUAUUCGCGAUGGGAAGUCAAUUUCACUUUUAACGAUCCAAAAAUAGGGUUCGAUGAAUUCGUCCCAAACAGUAUUUGGCAUUUGGACUCGUAUGAUGCUACAACUGAUUAUUCACAGGAGAGCACCGACAUCAAAUUUAUUUUAAAACUCAAGAGAAAAUCUCAAUAUUUUAUUAUUAAUCUUGUUAUUCCAAUAAUCCUGGUUGGUAUUUUAAAUAUUUUCGUCUUUGUGAUCCCUGCAGACGCCGGAGAGAAAAUGGGAUUCUCCGUGACCAUCUUCCUGACAUUUGCCGUAUUUUUGACCAUUGUAAGUGGGGAACUUCCAAAAACUUCAGAUUCCAUAUCCAUUCUAAGCAUUUAUCUGAUAAUCGAGUUAGGAAUCAGCAUAUCUUCCAUCAUGGCUUCUGCUCUUCAACUUCGCAUUCAUCACAGAAAAUCUACUCAAGAAAUAGGUAAAGGAUUUCGUAUAUUGAUCAGAGCCGCGGAGCGAUUGAGGUGCAAAGGUAAAGCAGGCGGAGCAGUAACCGGAUGUUGUCCGAAACCAUGUGGAAAGCAAAUCCACGUUAAGGAAUUGACUGUCAGGAAGCGUGAGAACACUUUGAAAGUGGACUCUUCUGCGUUGGAGGAAGACGAGGAGGAGGGCAAGGAGUGGUCAGAUGUAUCGUCUGCGAUAGAUUUCUUAGCUUUUUUUGGCCUGAUCUUCUUCCAGUUAUUGGUGACCAUUAUUUUGUUCAGUUAUGCUGCCGCCUCUGGUUAACUGUGAUGUGUUGAAAUGCUUAAAAUAUAGAACAAAAACGCUAUCAGGAUACCGUUGACAUACAGUGUCAUACAAUGAAACAAGAAUAGUCGAGAUGUUUAACUACGAUAAAAUUGACAGUUUAAGUCAUACACUGAUAUUUACCGCUAUUGAGUAUGAUUCCCUCUAUUUCUUACGAUUUGUUAAUUCAUACCUCUUAGAAACUAACAGGUCUGAAUUCUGCACGCUCCGUUAAUCGAUUGGUCGAAACCUAAAAAUCACGGACUGCAAGAAAUAAUCAUGAUAAUGUCAGACUCAAAUUCCCUUAAAGAGACAGUACAGCUGAAAACAUAUGUGUGAAUAACUUCAGAUUUACCUAUUGUACCGUUAGGAAAUAAGAAAUGACGUUGAUUGUAGUAGUCGAAAUACAUAAAAAUCCCUUUUACAUACUUAAUUAAAGUAAUUAUAAGCUUCCGGAAAUUUAAGGGCCGUACAAACCGGAAUAAUCUUAUCUAUACUACUAUAUUAAAAUAAUAGACUCAAAUUUUUGGUCUUUAAUACCGAUAAAUUGGAAGAAUACUGUCUUUUGUUUUAUUUAUUCUAAACGUCAUUGAUACUUGAAGAUUACCAACUUGUUUUUAUUUUUUCUUAGUAAAGCUUCGCUAAUUAAUAAUUAACGAAAAUUCCUUAAAAAUAUACCGGAAAUCAUCUGGAUUUUUUGGAUUUUACAAUCUUGCGCUUGCACAAUACUUUCACGCUAACGGGAUCUUUAGUUUAUGUUUCCACAAUAUCAUUUUUGCAUGAACAAACUCAGAAAAGAUAAUACAAAUACGGGUAAAUUUUCAUUGUAUUUUGCUUUAUUUUCUGUUUAUAUAUAUUAAUGAUUUCUUAUGAGAGAAAGUAUAAAAUAACAAAUAAUUUAUACAUUUCAACUAAGUACAUGUACUUACUUUUGUCUUCGUGAUGACAAAAAAUAUUUGAUUACAUGCAAAAAAAAUUCACAUUAUUUUUCUUAGGAGAGUGAAGAUAGAAUAUGUUUUAUCGUUAAAAUGAAUAAUGUUUUACGAUAUAAUGCAUUCCGGUUAUUGUCUCUGUAGGAAAGAAAAUACAUGUACGUUGGUGAAAAAGUGUUGAAUUCUUCCAUUAUAUGGAUUAACAUUUUUAAAUGAAAGGUAUUUACAGUCUCAAAAAGGUUAAUUAUGAUGAAUUUGACUGUUAUUUUCAAGGCAACUUCAUUAAUUUUCUCUUAAAUCGUUCCGGGGCGAUUCUGCAAUUUUCUGCUACAUUACGGGUAUAUGGAAAGCAUUCUAACUGUGGUGAGGGCCUUUCCCGAGAUACGGUUAGUUAAUUCAAACUAAAAAAAAUUUAGUGAAAUUAAUAGCAUUAUUGUAGGCUUAUAGCUUUGUUAUGUCAAUAAUACGGUGUGUCGAUGUAUCUAUUUCGUAAAUUAUGUCCGAUAUGCAAUGUCAACCCGUGCACGCACGGGUCAAAGUAUAGUAUCGUUUAGUUGUACGACGUGGAAUUGAUUGACAGUGAUUGACACGUGCUGAAAACUUCAAGAUCUUCAUUCGACUUCGGUCAUCAUGGUAUACGAGGUAAAAAAGAGACUAUCUAAACGGAACACAUCCUAACUUACUCGAUAAUUUAUAAAUGGUUUACCAAUUUCGGUUCAUUUUAAAAUGAACAGACAUAAAUGUGUCAAAUAACCCAUCAAGGGACCUCAUUUACAAAAAAUAUGAAUUUAGGUUGAAGCAACUCACUGAUAAACAUGAAAAAUACAUGCUUACAAAAAUAAUUUUGGUUGUUUUAAAAAUUUAAGACAAUUAUUACCUGGGAGAAGAUUAAAAAACAUACUUUUAUCAACAAACAUGGCUAGGAGAAUCUGAAGAAGGUAAUGGCCACAUAUUGUGACUUUAAUAUGAAUCCAUUCGUUAUUUUAAGUUUUUAUUUUAUUCAGAAUUACAGGGAUCUACCCCGUGUUGUUUUCAAAAUACGCGAUGGCGUUGGCCCUGUGUUGAGUACAACAUAUUCCUUGUAUUUGAUUUCUUGCGAAAAAAAAAAUAUAUAUAGAACAUGCUGA